GCAGUUUCUUGCACACCAGAGACCGUUCCAUUAGCGCAGCUGGCGACAUUCUCGGCUGCCGGAGCUGUCCUUGUCUCUUAUCUACAAUCACGUCUGUUGGUCGACGCAUGUCUUAAUGCUGAUCUCACACGUCUGCGCCGGCAAUAUCCGAUCGAUUGGGACCCAGCUAAACGUCAUUUGCAUUUGCUCACCGGUCGAGCGAAUAUUCUGGCUACCCUAUCCGUUAGCACUUCUGGUGCAUUCCGGUUGGUUGGAUUGCAGCACAAAGCGACGGAUGAUGUGAUCGAUCCAGAGGACGUCGCCGACGCUUUUCAUUAUAGGUUGGAAGAUUUCACCGCCCCGUUAUCUCGGUCAUUGGAUGAAUGGAUUUUGGAAGUGAACGAUUUUUGCACCGGAAUCACAGAAACCGGAUGA